AGUUCCUUCCUUGAGGCGAGGGAGGCUCUUGAGCCGUCGGAGGGGUGGAGCACGGAGUGCGGCCUCCGCGGCUGCUUAUGAACGGCGGGAAAAGAGGGUCCAAGCCGGCGUCAGCGGGGAACGAAGACCACCAAGACCACCUCCCUGCCUUUGUCAGGAGAAAUUAGGUUCCAUAUAGACUUGAGCCUUCAUUAAGAAAAGUUCUAGAACUCACUAUGUCAAGGUAUUGUGUAGCUCCAUGGUUAUUCACUUGGUUGAUGCUGAUAUGUCAGUCUGGAUGCUAUCUCCUGGACCCAAUAAUUGCUACAAGUUGCUUUAGCCAUGUGCAUAAUUACAUCAACAAAUCAAACUUGGAUCAAGACUAUUGUGAAAGAAAAAGGAAAUUAUUGUCUCUUUGUGGAUGGAGACUUUCUACAGAAAAAUUCACAGCUAAAUUUGCCAUUGAUCGUAUUCAAGAUAAUUAUGUUCGUGAAGUGCGAGAUGUCAUCUUUUCAGUUGUCUACCCUACGCCGUUUAAAUCCAGAGUUCUACUUGUAGCUGUUUCCAAGGACGUCCUAGAAGACAUCUUGGACUUGGACAUGUCUGUCUCAAGCUCAGAGGAUUUUCUACAGCUUGUCAGUGGUGCAAAAGUUACCUUGGAGUCUCUGCCCCUUGCCCACAGAUAUGGUGGCCAUCAGUUUGGUAGUUGGGCAGGACAGCUGGGUGAUGGAAGAGCCCACUUGAUUGGUAUUUAUACAAACAGGUUUGGUGACAGAUGGGAAUUACAGCUGAAAGGUUCAGGAAGGACACCGUACUCUAGGAAUGGGGACGGCAGAGCUGUGCUUCACUCUUCUGUUCGAGAAUUCUUGGGAAGCGAGGCCAUGCAUUAUCUUGGAAUUCCUACCAGCAGAGCAGCUAGCUUGGUUGUAAGUGACGAUGAUGUGUGGAGAGACCGGUUCUACAACGGGAAUGUUAAGAAGGAAAGAGGUGCAAUAGUCUUACGUGCUGCCAAAUCAUGGUUUCGAAUAGGAUCGUUAGAAAUAUUAGCCCAUUCCGGAGAACUGGAUUUGUUAAGGGGGCUGCUAGACUUUGUCAUAGAUGAGCACUUUCCAUUCAUAAAUAUGAAUGAUUCAAAUAGAUAUCUGGUCUUUUUCUCCAGAGUAGUAUCUGAGACUGCAAAUUUGAUUGCCUUGUGGAUGUCAGUAGGCUUCGCUCAUGGUGUGUGUAAUACAGAUAAUUUCAGCCUGUUAUCCAUAACCAUAGAUUAUGGUCCUUUUGGGUUUAUGGAUUCUUAUGAUCCAGACUUCGUCCCAAACACGUCUGAUGAUGAAAGACGGUAUAAAAUAGGAAACCAAGCAAAUGUUGGGAUGUUUAAUCUGAACAAGCUGUUACAGGCUCUAAACCCUUUAUUGGAUCCCAGACAAAAGCAGCUGGCUUCUCAGAUACUUGAGGAAUAUCCUGAACAGUAUUAUAAACGCUUUGCAGAAGUAUUCAAAGCAAAACUAGGUCUCCUAGGUGAUGGUGAGGAUGAUAACUAUUUGAUUGCAUUCCUCCUAAAACUCAUAGAAGAUACAAAAGCAGAUUUUACGAUGACUUUUCGGCAGCUCAGUGAGAUUUCACAAGACCAGUUGAAGGACCUCAGAAUUCCCAAGGAGUUUUGGGCUUUGAAGGAUGUGGCUAAACACAAGUUCUUUUCCAGCUGGGUUGCUAUGUACCUCCUGAGAUUAAAAAGGAACACAGACGAUUCAGAUGCCAAGCGAAGCAGAAGAAUGACCAGUAUUAAUCCUAGGUACGUGCUCAGAAAUUGGAUGGCAGAGUCAGCUGUCCGAAAGGCUGCCAGGAAUGAUUUUUCUGAGGUCCGCUUCUUGCAGAGGGUUUUGCAAGACCCCUUUCAGGUGCAGACAGUGGCUGAGAGAGCUGGUUAUGCACAACGCCCCCCUGCUUGGGCCAAGAACAUUAAAGUCAGCUGUUCUUCUUGAUGAAAAGAAACGGUGAUCAAAAUUAAAUGAAGGAACAAAGACUUCAAAUAAGACCAAAGCAUUGUGGAGAAAGACCGACCAUACCCACCAUAGCAGCCAUUUUAUGAAUGGGCAAGGCCCCAGCAACCAUUGUGUGACAGUGCUCAUGACAUUCUCAAAGUUCCAGAUGUGUUCACUGACCCAAAAACAUUAGCGACCCAUCAUAGCUAAUAUUUUUGUUUUGGUGUUUCUGUCAGUUGCACAUACUGUUGUUUUUCCUGUUAUGUCAUUCAGUGACUCCAUUGUUCUCUCCCUCUUUCAAAACCUUUCUUGACCCAAUUUGGCUGUAUCCCUUUUAGCCUAGUUAGUGUGCAGUGUUACCUAGACACCUUCCUAUAAGGUCCCCUGCUCUCUUCUGGCUACUUCUGCAUUCACUGCAAACCCAGCAGUCUCCCAUUCUCACACUUGAUCUACGGUUGCUGGAAGCAGAGUUGACCCACUUGCCUUCUCCUUCCCACCAUUUGAAUUUCCUAGCAACAUACUGAUCUUGUUCUGCCACCAUUGUGGGAAUUAUCGACAACUGUCCAAGAUUCAACUGAUGGUGCUUUCUAUAAGAGGACUCCAAAGACGCAAUCCUAUGCAUAUUUAGCAUGGAAUAAGUCCUACAAUUCCCAACGUUCCCUAGCGAGCAUGGGAAAUGCUGGGAAUAUACAUUGGGAGUUGUAGGACUUUCCCCCCCUGACUAAACAUGUAUAGGAUUGCACUCCAAAUGUCUGGUCUAGGAGCUAGGAUAGUCUGCAUUUUGAGGAUUUUAUAAAUAACCAUUGCAUAGGAUAAUUCAAACUAGAUUCCAGGAGUCCAAAAUGUUAGAACAAAAUCUCAGCCAGCAACAGUUCCAGCAGAUCAAGGAAUAUUUUGCCUAGAGAUCACAGCAACACAGCAUGAGGCAGCAAAACAUGUGACUGCAUGAGCAAACCUGUCAAACUCUUGCUUGAUGAAUACAAUGCAGGCUUGCUCAUACCAAGAACCAUUUAAUUUUGUUGUAUUUACCAUCCAUAGCAACAUUCAUUCCUAGUGUCCUUGCAGCUGAUGGUGAAACCUCUGGUUGGCAAGAUGGUUCUGUGGAUGAGCCAUUCUGGGUCCAAGGCCCCCAAGCUAUUCCUACUUCCCAAUUUAAAAUCACAGGGGUCCAAUUUGCAAGAAUCUGUAACUUAUAAUAGCCACUAUGAUCUUAACUGAAAUUGCGUAAAGGAAAUAAAAAAGAUGGAAAUCCAUCUUUCCAAA